AUGGACAAAAAAUAUGAUGCUGUCCUCAUCACCAACACCGUCCCCAUGUAUCCUGCGUUCAAGAGAAUAUGGAGUUACUUUCAGAGAGCUCUGGUGAAGAAAUAUGCCACUGAGAGAAACGGAGUGAAUGUGCUCAUGGGACCCAUAUUUGACUACGACUAUGAUGGUGUCAGAGACUCAGCCGAGAAGAUAAGAGAGUAUGUGAGUGGGAUGAUACCCGUCCCCACACACUACUUUGUGGUCCUGACCAGCUGCUUAGAUUUCACACAGGCUGCAGACUCGUGUAGCGGCCCGCUCAGCAGCGCCGCCUUCAUCCUGCCUCACAGAGCCACCAAUGACGAGACCUGCAAUAGCUCAGAGGAGGAGUCCCGCUGGGUGGAGGACCUGAUGAAGAUGCACACAGCUCGAGUUAGAGACGUGGAGAUCCUGACGGGCUUGGACCUGUACCGCAGAACAACCCGGAGCUAUGGCGAAAUCCUCUCACUCAAGACCUACAUGCACACCUACGAGAGCGAGAUCUGACCCCUGCUGGCUCUGUGAACGUUGUUGAUCUUUCAAACCGUGGUGGAAGUAUGUGGUACAAGGCAGAGAUGUGAUCAUCUCUAUCACACUCAGCUUCACCAGCUGUAACUGUCGCGGGCUGCUACAGCUGCAGCUGUUGUGGCCCUUUCACUGAACAUUUGCUUUAAUCUCAUUCAUUUAAUUCCUGCUGUUAUGAUACAGCUUCAACACCACUGAGAUAGUAGCUAUAAAAAAACUCAAGAACAACAUGGCCCAUGCAAGUGCUUAGUUUUUCAUAUUUCACUAUACACUUUUCAUAAUUGAAUCCAAACCAGUCAUUAUUUGUCAUAAUGUGUAAAUAUCAGAAAGACCAGCAAUCAUCAUUUGUCCUCCAAGAUUUCUCACAGAAAUUUGCUUUAAUUAAUCUCACAAUUUUGCAGAAAAGUUCUCUCUCUAACAUGGCCAGAUCAAUCAGUCAUGGGGUCCCUGUUAGGCCCCUCAGACAACCUCCAUUCUCUGUGCAUUGUCUGUUUGAGCCUUGAGAUUGAUAUUUACUCGAGAUUUUAAUACAAGGGCCAUGAGAUCAGAUAAUAUUGCAGUAGUGAUCUGGUGAUAGUGUAUUUUAGUAAUGCAAAUUCCAAAUGCAUUUGCAAUUUAUUCAUUUAUCGUAAACAAAAGGACAUACAGUGGAAAGUGGUCAUUUCAUAUUACUCACAAUCCCAAAUACUUUAUUUUUCAUCUUCUAGCAGUAUUGCACAUAGGCCCUCCAUAAAGUCAGUUACACAUGCAGCAUGCUGCAGAUGUAUCCCUAAAAGCAGGAACGGUUUUUGUACAGUUUAUAAACAUACAAAUUAUUUUCUAGAAAACGAUAUUCCUUCAAAAUAAGUGGUUAAAGAAUAUUUAAUUGCACUACAAAGCCAUUGACAGACUCAGUUCCAGACUUCACCUCACUCGGCACUCGGAUUGUUAAACUCGUGCACAUUUCAGUUUCCUUUAGACAUCGAUCCACUUUGUUUGACUCAUUACACUUUGCAUUGAACCGUUUCUCGUUAUUUUCAGUGAUUAAGAAGA